AUGGUGGGCAACGUUGUAAUCACCAUUGUUAUAGUUUUGAUAGGGAGGGUGGGGUGGAAAUUACUAAACUGGGCAUGGUUAAAGCCAAGGAAGUUAGAAAAGUGGAUGAGAAGUGAAGGGUAUAAGGGUAAUUCGUACAAGCUGGUAAUAGGUGACAUGAAGGAGCUUGCACAAACGAUGAAGGAAGGUAAAACAAAGUCGAUCCCAAUCUCACAUGAUAUCGCGGCACAUGUUCUACCAUUUGAUCACCAAAUCAUUACCAAAUAUGGUAAAAAGUCAUUUAUAUGGUUUGGGCCGACCCCAAGAAUUUACAUCAUGGAACCAGAACUGAUAAAGGAGAUAUUGUCAAGGCCCAACGACUUUUUGAAGCCUCACCCUGACCAAUUUCGAGAUAGUGUCAUCAGUGGACUUCUAGUCUCCGAGGGUCAAAAAUGGGCCAAGAAUCGUCAAAUAAUGAACCCAGCUUUCCAUCUUGAAAACAUCAAGGGUAUGUUCCCGGCGAUUUGUUCAAGUUGCCGCGAUAUGGUCAGCAGACUAGAAAAACUUACUGCUGGAACUGGUCCUGUGGAAGUUGAUGUGUGGCCGUAUAUCGAUAGCUUGGCCGGAGAUGUUCUUGCACGGACGGCUUUCGGUAGCUCUUAUGAAGAAGGACAAAAGAUAUUCCAACUCCAAAAGGAACAAAUGGAUCUAGCAAUGCAAAACUUGUUAAUGCUUUAUUUACCUGGAGGAAGGUUUAUACCAACGAAAGUGAACAAGAAGUUUAAAGAAAAUGACAACGAGCUUCGAUCUAUACUCAUGGACAUAAUCAACAAAAAGAAGAAAGCGAUCGCGACGGGAGAAGGUUGGAGCGACGACUUACUCGGGCUUAUGUUAAAAUCAAAUUUGAAAGAGAUCGAAGAAGAUGGAGUGGGCAUGAGCAUGGAAGAAAUAAUUGAUGAAGGCAAACUAUUUUACGUUGGUGGAUCAGAAACAACCUCAAGUUUAAUGAUUUGGGCCGUUUUCUGUUUGGGCCUGCAUCAAGAUUGGCAACACAAAGCCCGAGAGGAAGUUCUACAAGUUUUUGGUACUAAAGAACUACAUUAUGAAGGACUAAAACAUCUCAAGAUUGUUACCAUGAUACUAAACGAGGCUCUUAGGCUAUACCCGCCGGUAGUCAUGGCGAUUCGAGCUACAAACAAGGAGACGAAGCUCGGAAACAUGACGAUGCCAGCGGGUGUGAACAUAGCUUUACCGAUGAUUCGUGUCCAACGUGACCGGGACUUAUGGGGUGAAGAUGCAUUAGAGUUUAAACCCGAAAGGUUUGCGGAAGGAAUUGCUCAUGCGACUAAAGGACUCGGUUCGGGGAGUUUCUUUCCGUUUACGGGUGGUCCUCGAGUUUGCAUCGGGCAAAACAUUGCAAUGGCCGAAGCAAAGGCGACGGUUGCGACUAUUUUACAACGGUUCUCGUUUGAGCUUUCUCCAUCUUACAAACAUUCUCCUUUUCCUAUGUUCACUCUUCCGCCUACGUUUGGUGUUCCGUUAAUUUUACGUGAACUUUAAUGUAUUUGUUGAUUAAGAAAAGUAUAAAGUGUAUGUCUUUGAUUAGAUGAUAGGUGCGUGUUGUGUUCAAAAUAAGUGGCCACUCACUUCUUUAUUGUCGUUGGUGUUGAGAAUGAUUAUGGUGUUUAAUUUGCUUUAAUUCAUGUAUGGUUGUAUAUUUAUUAUUGAAGUUUAUCUUUUUUU